GGCGGGGCCAGGCGCGAGGCACUGUGGGCAGGAGACGGCCGUGGACGCAGUCGCCAUUUUGUGAAGUGGCCGUACCCCGCUGGAGAUUCUGGGGCGGAAAACCGCUACUGCUGCUCCGUCUGGGGAAAAAAAACAGCACUGGAACCUUUUGGAGCAGUGUGCUAGAUCUUCAGCAGGACAAUGGGUUCAGACAAACGAGUGAGUAGAACGGAACGCAGUGGAAGGUAUGGCUCCAUCGUAGACAGGGAUGAGCGCGAUGAGCGUGACUCCAGGAGCCGGCGGAGGGACUCAGACUACAAGAGGCCAAGUGAGGACCGGCGGGCCGACCGAUACGACGACUACCGGGACUACGACAGCCCUGAGAGAGAACGCGAAAGAAGGAACAGUGACCGAUCCGAAGAUGGCUACCAUUCAGAUGGCGACUAUGGCGAGCACGACUACAGGCAUGACAUAAGUGACGAGAGGGAGAGCAAGACCAUCAUGCUGCGUGGUCUUCCCAUCACCAUCACGGAGAGCGACAUUCGAGAAAUGAUGGAGUCCUUUGAAGGCCCUCAGCCUGCAGACGUGAGGCUGAUGAAGAGGAAAACAGGUGUAAGCCGUGGUUUCGCCUUCGUGGAGUUUUAUCACUUGCAAGAUGCUACCAGCUGGAUGGAAGCCAAUCAGAAAAAGUUGGUCAUUCAAGGAAAGCACAUUGCAAUGCAUUAUAGCAACCCCAGACCUAAAUUUGAAGACUGGCUUUGUAACAAGUGCUGCCUUAACAAUUUCAGGAAAAGACUAAAAUGCUUCCGAUGUGGAGCGGACAAGUUUGACUCUGAACAGGAAGUGCCCCCCGGGACCACGGAAUCGGUGCAGUCUGUGGAUUACUACUGUGACACGAUCAUACUUCGGAACAUAGCCCCCCACACAGUGGUGGACUCCAUCAUGACAGCACUGUCUCCCUAUGCAUCCUUGGCCGUCAACAACAUUCGGCUCAUAAAAGACAAGCAGACGCAGCAGAACAGAGGCUUCGCGUUUGUGCAGCUGUCCUCCGCAAUGGACGCCUCUCAGCUGCUUCAGAUACUGCAGAGUCUCCAUCCUCCUCUGAAAAUCGAUGGCAAAACUAUUGGGGUGGAUUUUGCCAAAAGUGCCAGAAAAGACUUGGUCCUCCCAGAUGGUAACCGGGUCAGCGCCUUCUCUGUGGCUAGUACAGCCAUUGCUGCCGCCCAGUGGUCAUCCACCCAGCCUCAGAGUGGGGAAGGCGGCAGCGUUGACUACAGUUACCUACAGCCAGGCCAAGAUGGCUAUGCCCAGUACACGCAGUACUCACAGGAUUACCAGCAGUUUUACCAGCAACCAGCAGGAGGACUGGAAUCCGACCCACCGUCCGCACCCGGCACAGCGGUGACCACGACCUCAGCAGCUGUAGUGUCCCAGAGUCCCCAGCUGUACAAUCAGGCUUCCAAUGCGCCCAGCUCUCCGCGAAGCUGCUGUUCUUUCCAGACCGAGGAAGCACAGCCUAGCGCCAGCACCAGUGCACAGCCCCCAGCCGCUGCCCCCGUGGGUGUAGUUCCUGGCACCAAAUACGCGGUGCCCGACACAUCCACGUACCAGUAUGACGAGUCUUCAGGGUACUACUACGAUCCCACCACAGGGCUGUACUACGACCCCAACUCGCAGUACUACUACAACCCCUUGACCCAGCAGUACCUUUACUGGGAUGGGGAGAAGGAGACCUAUGUGCCGGCUGCAGAGGCGGGCUCCCACCAGCAGGCCGGCCUGCCCCCUGCCAAGGAGGGGAAGGAGAGAAAGGAGAAACCCAAGAGCAAGACAGCCCAGCAGAUCGCCAAAGACAUGGAACGCUGGGCUAAGAGUUUAAAUAAGCAGAAAGAAAAUUUUAAGAACAGUUUUCAGCCCGUCAGUUCCUUGAGAGAAGAAGAAAGGAGAGAAUCUGCUGCGGCAGACGCUGGCUUCGCUCUGUUUGAGAAGAAGGGGACCUUAGCCGAAAGGCAGCAGCUCAUCCCAGAACUGGCACGAAAUGGAGACGAGGAGAAUCCGCUCAAGAGGGGCCUGGUUGCUGCCUACAGUGGCGAUAGUGAUAACGAAGAGGAGCUGGUGGAGAGACUUGAGAGCGAGGAAGAGAAGCUGGCCGACUGGAAGAAGAUGGCCUGCCUGCUCUGCCGGCGGCAGUUCCCAAACAGAGACGCCCUGGUCAGGCACCAGCAGCUCUCAGACCUGCACAAGCAAAACAUGGACAUCUACCGACGGUCCAGGCUGAGCGAGCAGGAGCUGGAAGCCUUGGAGCUGAGGGAGAGAGAGAUGAAGUACCGGGACCGGGCCGCAGAGCGGCGGGAGAAGUACGGCAUCCCCGAGCCCCCAGAGCCCAAGCGCAAGAAGCAGUUUGAUGGUGGCACUGUGAAUUAUGAGCAGCCCACCAAGGAUGGCAUCGACCACAGUAACAUUGGCAACAAGAUGCUGCAGGCCAUGGGCUGGCGGGAAGGCUCGGGCCUGGGCCGCAAGUGCCAGGGCAUCACGGCCCCCAUUGAGUAUGGAGUCCUUGUCUUCACUACACAGCCUCCUUUCCUCUGCCUCCGGGGGCUGACUAAGGGAGUGGGGGCAGCCCAUGCCCUCCCCGCAGCUGCUGACAGAAGGUUUGUACCCCAGGCCCAAGUGCGGCUAAAAGGAGCUGGACUGGGAGCCAAAGGCAGUGCCUACGGCCUGUCGGGUGCGGACUCCUACAAAGACGCCGUCCGGAAGGCCAUGUUUGCCCGGUUCACGGAGAUGGAGUGAGACUCAGGGUGGGGGGCGCUCUGAGGACACAGGGCCCCUGCCUCAACCUGCUGUCUUGCCUGUCCCCUCCAGGACGCACCUUGUGCUAUGGUCCAGGUCUUAGGGGAACCACCUCAUGCUGCAAGGAGGCCCUUGUGCGGGCUGCGUGCUGGGUGGCCAGCCUGCCUGUCGGAGGGCUCGCGGGCUGGCCGAGGGGCAGCGGCUCUGUUAUCCUCAGUGUACAUAGUGUAGCGCAGCGAGUGUACAUUGUAGCCCACGUCAUGGCUCCUCAGCCCUUGCAUCCCUACAGCUGUGGGGGUGCCCCAGCCAGCCUGUUACAUCCGAGUCGCCUCUCAUUUGUUGCUGUGCUGUCUUUUCUUGGCAACUGCCUUGUAUAUAUUUGUAUAUGACACGUUUGUACAGAAUUUUGGAAGAUUUUCAGUCUAGUUGCCAAAUCUGGCUCCUUUACAAAAGAAAUACCUUGAAAAAUAA